GUAAUUUUGACAGUUUGUGACAGCUUCAAGAAGCUAACCUGUUUGUGUUUUUGUUCUUGUUAUUUUACAUAUUUGUUGCAUAAACAUAAGAAAUAUCGUGCCUUUUACGUUUUGUUUGAUUAAUUAGUUAGUUAAGCAUAAUCAUGAGUUCACCAACACCUGAUACGCCGGCGUCUGAUAGAGACGGAGCGCGGUCCAGGAUGACGUCACCAGCCCGGGAGUACGAGAUGUUUGAGGAUGAGGGGGACAUCCUCGGGGAUAACCCUAAUGAGGAGGAAGAGGAUGGGGAAGAACUGUUUGGUGAUAAUAUGGAAGCUGAUUACCGUCCAAUGCCAGCGCUGGAUCGCUACGAUAAUGAAGACUUGGACGAAGACGACUACGACCCUAUGUCCAUCGAGGACCGAGUGGCGGCCGAGCAGGAACUUCGCCGCCGGGACCGCGACGAAGGCAGGGUGCGGAGGGAUGACCGUGGUUUGCUGUACGAUGAUUCCGACGAAGAGGGCGGUGAAGCGCCGCGAGCUAAACGCCGCCGCGCCGCCGAGAAGGCAGCUAUGGGUACGGACGAACAAGUGGAAGGGGGUAUUGAGAGUAUCGAGAACCUAGAGGACACUAAAGGAUACACCACCAAGGAGUGGGUGUCUAUGCUGGGACCGCGGACUGAGAUUGCUAACAGGUUCAAAAACUUCCUCCGCACAUACACAAACAGCAAAGGCCAGUUCGUAUACAAGGACCGGAUCCGUCGAAUGUGCGAGCACAAUCAGGCGUCUUUCCACGUGGAAUUCGACGUGCUCGCUCGUCGUGAGCAAGUACUCGCUUACUUCUUGCCCGAAGCGCCUUUCCAAAUGCUGCAAAUAUUCGACGAAGUCGCCAAAGAUAUUGUGCUACAAAUCUUCCCUAGUUACGAGAGGGUUACAUCAGAAAUCCACGUCCGGAUAUCUGAUCUUCCACUGAUUGAAGAACUAAGAACGUUCAGGAAGCUGCAUUUGAAUCAACUUGUGAGAACGGUGGGAGUGAUCACAGCGACUACGGGAGUGUUACCUCAGCUUUCCGUUGUGAAGUAUGACUGUAAUAGAUGCGGGUAUAUCUUGGGACCGUUUGUUCAGAGCCAGAACUCUGAAGUGAAGCCCGGGUCUUGUCCGGAGUGUCAGAGCGCUGGGCCGUUUAUGGUGAACAUGGAACAAACAGUGUACCGCAACUACCAGAAGGUCACCAUCCAGGAAUCCCCGGGCCGCAUUCCCGCGGGACGCAUUCCUCGUAGUAAAGAGUGCGUGUUACUAGCUGACCUGUGCGACCGAUGCAAGCCGGGCGAUGAAGUGGAUCUUACUGGCAUAUACACGAAUAACUAUGAUGGAUCUUUGAACACGGAGCAGGGUUUCCCAGUAUUCGCCACGGUCAUCAUAGCUAACUACAUAGUAGUGAAAGACUGCAAGCACAUAGUCGAGUCUCUAACGGACGAAGACGUGGCCAACAUCAUCAAGCUAUCAAAAGACCCUCAGAUCGGGGAGCGCAUAGUGCAGAGCAUAGCCCCUUCGAUAUACGGACACGAAUAUAUUAAGAGGGGCUUAGCCUUGGCACUGUUUGGAGGGGAGGCAAAGAAUCCAGGUGAAAAACAUAAAGUGAGAGGUGAUAUUAAUGUGCUUAUCUGUGGUGAUCCUGGUACAGCUAAAUCACAAUUUUUGAAGUACACAGAAAAGAUAGCACCUAGAGCCGUAUUCACAACUGGCCAAGGCGCCAGUGCCGUUGGUUUGACAGCUUACGUCAGAAAGAACCCAACCACCAGAGAGUGGACAUUAGAAGCGGGCGCUUUAGUGUUAGCGGACCGCGGCGUGUGUCUCAUCGACGAGUUCGACAAGAUGAACGAUCAAGACCGCACCUCCAUCCACGAGGCCAUGGAGCAGCAGUCCAUAUCCAUAUCUAAAGCCGGCAUCGUCACGUCGCUGCACGCCAGAUGCUCUAUAAUAGCAGCCGCCAAUCCGAUCGGCGGGCGAUACGACGCGUCGCUCACGUUCACAGAAAACGUGAACCUCUCCGAACCGAUUCUGUCCAGAUUCGACGUCCUCUGCGUGGUUAGAGACGAGGCCGAUCCUAUGCAAGACGCGCAUUUGGCUAAAUUCGUAGUCAGCUCUCACAUACGCCACCACCCGACGCAGCAAGGCACCGUGCUAGAAGACACCAACGGCCCCGACCCAGAGUUCACGCUGCAACAGGACUUGCUCAAGAAAUACAUCGUGUAUUCUAGAGAGAAUGUCCACCCUAAGUUACAGAACAUGGACCAAGACAAAGUGGCUAAAAUGUACAGUCAGCUUCGACAAGAGUCGUUAGCUACGGGAAGUCUGCCCAUCACUGUGCGACACAUCGAGUCAGUUAUCCGCAUGAGCGAAGCUCACGCCCGCAUGCACCUACGAGCGCAAGUGUCAGAGCAGGACGUCAACAUGGCCAUCCGCACCAUGCUAGAAAGCUUCGUGGAAACGCAGAAGUACAGCGUCAUGCGUGCCAUGAGACAGACAUUCCAAAAAUACCUGGCCUACAAAAAAGACCACAGCGAGCUCCUAUAUUACAUCCUACGUCAGCUCACAAUGGAUCAACUGGCCUACAUGCGUGGUCUACACAACCAUUCCCAGUCUACCAUCGAGAUAUCCGAGCGAGACUUGGUUGAGAGGGCCAGACAAAUCAAUAUCACAGAUCUGAAACCAUUCUACGAUAGCAGGAUAUUCAAAAUCAACGGUUUCUCGUAUGACCAGAAGAGGAAAGUCAUCGUUCAUACGCUACCUGAAACACCAACCGAAACUAACUGAUAGUGUAUGCAAGUUGUAAUUUUUGUUUAGUUCAUAGGUAUAUUGUUAAAUAGGUACGUAUGUGCCCUAUGUAUCAUGCCUAUGCAUAUAUGUCUCUGUAUGUUUAAGAGAAAAUAUUUUUGUAAGAGAUUAUCUUUUAAAACAGUACAAAGAAUAUUUUUAUAAGUUUUUGUGAGUGAGAACUUUUCUGUAAACAUGAAGAAAGCCUAAUCUCAUUGUUUUAUUAUUUCGUUAAAAAAAAUCCCUUUUUUGUUAAUGUAUUAUGUCUACCUACACCUUUUGAUUGAAUUGACUAAACAUGAAAAAUUUAAAUGAAGAAUGUUUUUCUUAUUUACAUUUAGGAGCAGGUAUUCCCAAAAUA